AUGAACGCUAUCCGCCCUCUGACCGGCCUCAGGAUCCCUCGAGCCUUUUUCUCCCAUCCGGCAAAGGCAUCCGCAGCAGCAGUGCGAUUUCUCGCAACCAUGGCGGCCACGACGGAUAUCAGCACGUACAAGCUGAACCACACCAUGAUCCGGGUGAAGGACCCGAAGGAAUCAGUCAAGUUCUACGAGUUCCUGGGCCUCAAGCAGAUCCGGAAGGAGUCCUUUCCCGAGAACAAGUUCGACCUCUACUUCCUCGCGUACGACUCGCCAUCGGCCGUCUCGGCCGGCAACAAGACGUUUGACCGUGAGGGCGUCAUCGAGCUGACGCACAACUACGGCACCGAGAACGACCCGACCUACAAGAUCAACAACGGCAACGUCGAGCCAUACCGCGGCUUCGGCCACACCUGCGUUUCCGUUGAUAACAUCCAGGCUGCCUGCAAGCGCAUCGAGGAUGCCGGCUACCGGUUCCAGAAGAAGCUGACCGAUGGCCGCAUGCGCCACAUUGCCUUUGUCCUCGACCCGGACGGCUACUGGGUCGAGGUGAUUGGGCAGAAGCCGCUGGCAGCCUCUGAAGGCCUGACGACGACAGAUCUGACGACGUACCGGAUGAACCACACGAUGAUCCGGGUCAAGGACGCCAAGAAGUCGAUCCAGUUCUACGAAGACGUCAUGGGCAUGUCGCUGGUGCGCACAUCCGACAACCCGGCCGCUGGCUUCACGCUCUACUUCCUGGCCUACGGUGGCCCAGGCGAGCCGACUGGAGACGAGGGCACGGCCGGCCGUGAGGGCCUGCUGGAGCUGACGUGGAAUCACGGCACCGAAAAGGACGAGGCCUUUAGCUACCACGAUGGCAACAAGGAGCCGCAGGGCUUCGGACAUAUCUGUGUCUCGGUCGACAACAUCGACGCAGCCUGCCAGCGGUUCGAGGACCUCAAGGUCAACUGGAAGAAGCGCCUGACCGACGGCCGGAUGAAGAACGUGGCCUUUGUCCUCGAUCCGGACGCCUACUGGGUCGAGAUCGUGCAGAACGAGCGCAUUGCCGGCAAGGAGAACUUUUAG